AUGGGCCGCAGGAAGAAGAAGCAGGGGGCGAGCGGCGCGGCGGCGGCGCGGCUGGUGGUGACUUUCGAUGAGGAGCGGCGGAGGGAGUACCUGACCGGCUUCCACAAGCGGAAGGUGGAGCGGCGGAAGGUGGCCCUGGAGGAGAUCAGGCGCAAGCUGAAGGAAGAGCAGAAGAAGAUGAAGGAGGAGAGGCACAAGGAGUACCUGAAGAUGCUGAGCGAGAGAGAAGAGGCGCUUGAUGAGGUUGAUGAACUGGACCACUUGGUGACGUCACGGACGGAGUCUGUGAACAUUGACCACCCAAACCACAUUGUAACAGUGACCACCAUCAGUGACUUGGAUCUUUCGGGUGCACGCCAGCUGGGACUGAUCACCCCUGAGACAGGAAAAAGUAUCGGAUCAGAAGAAAAGAAGGGGGAAGAGGUGGUGAACAAGCCCACAAGAGCAGUUCCCAAAAAGUCCAGAAAUCCCUUCCUGUCUGAAAAGAUAUCAUCACUCACUGCCUCACUGCACAUGCACAGCCAGAAAAAGACAAGAGGAAAGCGACUCAAACGUGGGCAAGGCCCACGCAAGAAAAUCCAGAAAGCCAGUACAGGGCGAACCACUAAGACUCAGCGCCGGAGACUGACUGGCAGAACAGGACGUGACCAAGAUUAGGGGAACAACUGGUGCUUGGACCAGCAGUUGGGACAGCUUCUGCAUCUGGUCUACAGCUCCUUGCAGCCCAUUUGUCAUGAGCAAAGGCCUUGUUUACUUGACUUUCUGACAGCGAUGAGUCCAGCUUAGCUGUCCUCUCACCUCCUUGUCUGAGCACUGGCCAGAGUCACUGGACACUUUUCCCAUUUGUUUCUGCAGUGAUCUACAACUAAGAGUUUGGAUGCUGUGGAAACUGUCAGAACUUCAUAGCCUGACCCUCAACAGGACUCAGUAAGAUUCUCUAUUUAGCAUAAAACCCUCCUGUCCCUGGACCUUCCAUUAGAGAGCUGACUUGGCUUUAUUAAAGGAGAGGAUCUAGGGUUGAGUGCAACAGACAAAUCAUUAGAGAGAGUUAUGGGGCUAGGAAGAGUUCUGCUUCCACUUGUACACAGUGCCUUGGUGUUUCAUGGAGGCAUGGUUUCAUCUUGUCUCACUUCUUUUCCGGGGCCACAACAGGUGCUUGCAUUUUUUUUUAUCCCAGGUGAGAUUUGCUGACUUUGAGUAAAUUUUUAUAUAGUCUUUUUGCAAAGAGGGGGGGAAAAUGUGAUUUAUCUGGAGUGGAACAGCAACAGUGCUAAUGCCAGUAUCAGUGAGGAAGAGGGGAGAUCAUUCCUGUUGCUUAAAGGAUCUUGAAAUCCACUGGUGCUCAGGAAAGAAAAAAAACUAGGAGCUAUUUCUGUGGUAUACAGAACUAGCCAGAGCAGGAAUGGCUCAUUUCUUUGUCUGCUGAGUGAGCUGAUCUUAAUUCCAGUAGCUUGGAGUAUAAAAUGCUUUGAUGCCCUUGCUAUACAUGUGUGGCCCUCUCCAUGAUGGGAAUGCCAGAGGCUGCCUUUCACCUCUGGGCUAUUGCAGUGGUGAGCAGUUGCCUUUCUUCUUGGAACCUCAGUACUUGUGUUUUAGCAUGAAUGCUUCCAGCAGGAAAGAACUGCUUGCAUAGCUGGAGCUGAGGAAUGCCAGUGGCAAAACUGGGAGUGAAUUCUCUAAGGAAGCUAGGAGACGGAGCCUAGGCAGCACGCUGAUCUGUUCUCUGGAGUAUCUGUCAGAAAUGGUGUCCAUUAUGCAUGUCAGCUCUUCACUCAGCCAUCUUCCCUGGACUUGGCCUCCUCACUUGCCGCAUGUAAACUGCGGAAGAAAAUGACAAAGGGAAAUUGCACACCAGAAAUUUGGAAGCCUGGCACUGAGCAAGUGAGUAGAUUUCCCCAUGCCUGAAACUGUGAGGGAGAGCAACCAGUGCCUGAGGCUUCAUGGAGGAACUUUGGAACAGUGAUGAUGACCAGCAGCCUCUAAAGCAAAUGGUGUGUAAUGGCAUCAGCCUGACGUGCCCUUUCCUCUCUGUGUUUUGGGAGGGGAGGUAUGAUCUCAAUCCUGGUUCAGCAGCUACGCAGUUUAUAGUAGAGCAUCUUCCUCUGGAGGGAGCUAUAUGGUGCACAAGUAUUUGCAGUAAGGAAUGAGGCACUGGGGUAUUUUCUGGCCUUACUUCAUCAUCAGGAAAAAAAGUAAAUGGCAGGGAAGGAGAUCCUGUUACCCCAUGUGGUGCCCAGGUACUUGGACUCCACACAUCCCAGCCUGGUCUGAGACUUGGCACACUCAGUCACUAAUCCAGAACAGCCUUGGUCACAUCAUGGGUGUGCAGUAUGUGUGGUUUCCUUACCUCCAAAGUAGGUGCAAUGGUUUCUCCUGCCCUGUCUAUAAGAGUGCCCACUCCAGGAGGCUAACAGGGUUUAAUGUGCUACCUUACCAGUUUUCCUGGCUUCUCUUAGAGCCCUUCAAAGUUGCAGUAACACAACUUAAGGGCAAAGCUGAAAGUGUCUCAUACCAGAAUUGAAUCUCAUCCUAGGUGCAUGUCCAGGAGAUGCCAUAUACACAGAAUGCAAAGCAUGUCUCAUCCUGAUUUGGAAAUUAUGUGCUAUAGGGCUAUUCUCAGGUUGUUGGGUUUUAGAGGGAGAGAAAGAGUAAUACACAAUACACAAUUUUGGAGUAAUACACAAUGCAAAGGGGACUCUGGCUCAAAGCUGGAGGACAGUGUGUGCACAUGCUCACUUGGAGAAGACUAUGUUGUUAGUUUUAAUGGACAAUAUAAAGAAACUGCAGAGGCAGGUCUGGGGGAAUGAGUAGUAAUGAAGAUGGGACAUUUUGGGGUCAGUUCACCACUAGGAUAUACAGCAACUUUUCUUUCUUCCCCAGACAUUGUGCCUUAGGGAGUGACAGUAGGAGACUGUGACUUACAUUUACUCUUGCCCCAGGAGUUUGCUGUAGAACUGGAAUGACCAUUUUCAAGGAAGAUCAUAAUUCGUGUAUUUUUCACAACUGUAAAAUCUGCUGAAAGGUGGAGUGUGAACUUGGAGUUGGGUGCCUUCCUGAGCCUGUAGAAGGCCUGAAAUGGUAGUUGGAGACUGCACUGAUUUACCUCAUUAUAAUCUUGAAGGGAUGUUAAGGCUGACCUCAACAGCACUUCAGUGUUGACAUUUGUUAUUUUGCUGCCAAUUGAUUUAGAAGAAUCACUCUUCUAAUUUACUUUUCCCUGGCCCUAAUAGCUUCUGAGUCUUUCUCAAGUGUCACUUAAAAUCUCCAAAAGGCUCUCUUCCAUACUCUUAAAACUCCUAGUCUCUGCUGGAAGUUGUGUUUGUCACGUUUAAGAAGAGAGGAGAGAGUGGGAGGAGGGAGGAAAAAAAGGCAUACGGAAAAACUGAAAUUGGAACUGUUAAAUGCUAUUUGGAGCUAACAAUCAGUAUUGCUCACCCUGUUAUCGAUUUCUCCAUUUGAUUGAUUAAAGCUUUAUUUUGUAACAUAAA